AUGCCUGCCAAUCAUUGCAAGACAACUGUUGUUAAAUGUAGAGCAUGUUAUGAAGAGAUAACGCUGGUGGAGAAAUAUUUGCAUGAUGGUGAAAAUGUUGUUCAUAUUGAUUGUUAUAUCUGCUCGAGUUGUCAUCAAUCACUUGCUGGUAUAUUUUAUUAUCGUUAUAAGGAUCCACGUCACGAUGAAAAGAAAAAGCUUUAUUGCGAUUCAUGUUACUAUCGUUUAGCACCGAUCUGUUUUCAAUGUUUAAAAAUCAUUGAUGAUGUUUCAUUAAUUUUUGGUGAACGCAUUUUUCAUCCGAAUUGUUUUUGCUGUGAGCAUUGUCGAAAAUCAUUUAAAGGUGCACUAGUUUUUCCUUAUGAAAAUCAUGUUUAUUGCUCAAAUUGUUAUCAAAAUGUUCAAACUGAUUUUCAACCAGCUCCUUCAAUUGUUUCAACAUUACGCUGUUCUAUAUGUAGAAAAGUAUUUCAACCAGGUGAUCUUAUUACUAAACAUGAAAUUGAUUUAUCAACAGAUAAAAUAUCAAGUAAUAUUCACUAUAUACAUAAUUCUUGUUUUGUUUGUGGAGUUUGUCAUCAAAAUCUAUCGAAUUCUACUUAUUUUACACCAAAUACUCACGACGGCGAUAUUCAAAAUCUUGUAUUUCAAUGUGAAAAAUGUCAUGAAACAUCAGCAACCAUAUGUUCUAUCUGUUUUAGACCUUCAAAUGACUUGAUGGUUAUAUUCAAUAAUCGAUGGUAUCAUGAUGAAUGGUAG